UGGAUCACAUCUAAGUCCGGCCACUUGAUUUAUGUAAAAACAGCCACCUUCACAAGAAAAGAAGGCAACUUAAAGUCAAGUUCAUGAGCGAAAUUUUCAAUUACUGGCGUAUACUAUGAAUAUGGUCUGUGAUUAGACUAGAAAAUAAGAAAAGUCUCGGCAGAUCAAAAAAUAUCGGAGAAAAUUUUCCCUAACGUGUUCUUGAAUUUUUGCUCCAGGAAAACUUGAUGGAAUCCCAUGUGAAACAAUUGUUUUCCAAUUCCAAUGAUGGAAGCUUGCAAAUUACUACUAUGUACCCUAAGUUUCAUGCGUUUAUGGGACCGAGAUGGUCCAGAUGGAGGUGGGACUGGGACUAAUCACUAAAAAGCGUAAGCCUAUCCACGUGAACAUUCAGCUGACUCAGCAAAGAGAGCAGCAUUUGGAUAAGGAUUUAUAAUCGAUUAUGGUUCAUGUUCCACUUGUUACAUUUCUUCACCUCUAUAUAUUAAUCCCUCAUCCCUUCAAAUCUUUGUUACCUCAAAAUCCUCAGCUUUCCUCCGUUUAAAUUUUGGUCUUAUCUCCAGUCCAAAGCCAUUCCUUUGAAUAUUCUUCAGAAUAACCUGAAAGAGAGCCUAAAAAGAAAAACUUAACCCAAGUGUAUAUCUUGGAACAGAAUGGCUUCAUCAACAUCAUUGUACGAGGUUCUUGGGAUUCCAGUGAGCGCAAACGGGAAUGAAAUCAAGGCAGCCUAUAGGAGACUAGCAAGAACGUGUCAUCCUGAUGUUGUGUCAAUGAAUCAGAAAGAAAUGUCAGCUGGUCAAUUUAUGAAAAUCCAUGAAGCAUAUUCGACGCUAUCAGAUCCAGAUAAACGUGCAGUUUAUGACAGGAAUCUUUACAGGCAGAACCGCCCAUUUCAUUCCUUUGCUCACACAUCUACAACAAUGGCAGCGGCAGCAGCUUCUUCAUCGGGGUUUUCUAGUUAUAGUAGCCGUAGGAAUUGGGAGACUGAUCAAUGUUGGUAGUUUGUGAAAUUAAUGUACCAAUCCGCGAAGGGGACGAUAGGCUUAACUUUUAAGUAGUUUAUGAGCUAAGCAGCCUUUUUUGUUCUCUUUUGGGAAGAACAGAAGCAAUACUUAUGAGUAUUACUUCUUAUUUUAUCUGCUGUGAUGUCAACCGGAAAACUAUCUGUUAGUUCGAUUGGGUUCCAGAGUUCAGGUUCUCCAAGUUCAUGUUCUCCAAUAAUA